AUGGCGUGUUCCCAAGAAACACAUUUUUACGACAAAGUGAUGUUAAAGAAAAAUUCGGACUCAAAGUCAUUAACACUGACUAAACUUGAGUAUUACAAUCUGAUAGAGGAACUCAGAGUAGCAGCAUCUGUAAAAGAUAGAUCAAAUGGGCAGUAUUACAUCCUUGGACGUUAUGAAGUUCUUCAGUGUGGUGGUGUUGAAAAGUUGAUAAAAAAACAGGGAAGGAUGAAACUCAAGAACCCGUUUAUUUUGUGCACGUUGAGGAUAUAUAUGUUUGAAACAAUAAAACGUGCUCACAUUGCUAUGGGCCAUGGCGGCAGAGAAAAAAUGGUCAAAGAAUUGUCAAGAUAUGCGAACGUAACGAGAGAUACUGUAGAACUGUUCAAAUCUGUGUGUGUUCAGUGUCAAAAGAAACGAAAGAGAUGUGCGACCAAGGGUGUUACUGUCAAACCGAUUUUAUCUAAGGACUACGGUUCACGAGAUCAGGUGGACCUUGUCGACAUGCAGUCUUGCGCCAAAGGAAAAUAUAAGUGGAUAAUGGUGUACCAAGAUCAUAUAACAAAGUAUUGCAUAUUACGUCCCUUAACUUCAAAGAGAGCAGCUGAGGUUGCAUUCCAGCUAAUGGACAUAUUUUUAAUGUUCAGAGCCCUUCAAAUUCUGCAAAGUGAUAAUGGUAGUGAAUUUACAGCAUUGGUUAUCUCGGAACUCAAACUUCUUUGGCCAUACCUGUUAAUCGUUCAUGGUAAACCAAGGCAUCCACAGAGCCAGGGAUCAGUUGAACGCCUUAACUGCGAUAUAAAAGACGUGCUUAUUUCAUGGUUAGGGGAUAAUCAUACAAGUGACUGGCCCAUGGGACUCAGAUUUGUGCAGUUUCAAAAGAACACCAGUUACCAUUCUUGA